AUGGGUCGCCUGCCCAUAGCUCACUCGGACAUGCCAGAGGAGAUGCGAGUGGAGACCAUGGAGCUAUGUGUCACAGCCUGUGAAAAAUUCUCCAACAACAACGAGAGUGCUGCCAAGAUGAUCAAAGAGACCAUGGACAAGAAGUUCGGCUCCUCCUGGCACGUGGUGAUCGGCGAGGGCUUUGGGUUUGAGAUCACACAUGAGGUGAAGAACCUCCUCUACCUGUACUUUGGGGGGACCCUGGCUGUUUGUGUCUGGAAGUGCUCCUGACACUCUGUCCCCUGCCCCUGCCCCCCAUCCUGUGCAGGGCCUGUUCCUGCCACUCACGUGGGGUGGGAAGCAGCCCCAGGCAGGUCCUGGUUUUUCCCAGGAGAGUUUGGGGUCUUUUCUUUUUGUCCUUGUCUGCCAGUUUCCUGAGCCAUGCCCAGUGUGUGAACUUGUUGACAUCUCUGUUCCUAGGCUCUCUGUCAUCUCACUCUGAGUCCCAGGGUGUUGGUGGGGCAGCAGGCAGCCGUCUCUCCGUAGGGGUGGGUAGGGAAGGGUGACAGGGUAGAGGAGGUGGGGAGAUGGGAUUUUUCUCAUAAGGACGUGCCAGUCCUACCUUUCUCGAGGGCUGCUCUCCCCUCACAUCCCAGGAGCCCCACUGCCCUUCUGUCCCCAGCACUGCUGGGAUGUGUCCGCUGUCCUUGUCAUUAGUGGCCACAUGAAAAUGUGAAGGAGCCUCUCCUCUCAAGGGACACAGGCAGCUUCUCUCCUUGUCUUCUGGGGAAUUACUGAUACUCCCUGCUCCAAGUCCCUUCCCCCAACUCGACCCAGGCUGAAAACACCACCGCAUCUCACUGGACCCACAGCCCCACAGCCCGCAGCUUUGGCAUGAGGACCAAGCCGCCUUCCCCCAUCCUCUCCCCCUCCCCGGCCACCAGGCCACAUGAACCUUUGACACCGCCUCCACCCGCACAGUUGAGAGCCGGGGGCUGGGGUGCGGAAACUGCUGCGCUGCAGUUUCUCGAGGUGUCACUGAGCCUCCGGUGAGACGCCCGGGCCAGGAGCGCUCUCACCCCGAGGCCGCUUCAGCAGGGAAACCUGGCCUGCCAGUUACUUAUCGUCAGGGACCGCAUGCUACUUUGUACUUCUUAUCUCUCUGCUGGCUUUUCUAUAUUCUUUCUGAGUGUGGGGAGAAGGGUUUUAGUAGAAGGGUGAAUCAUAUUUUACACAGCAGUCUUAUUUAUAUAAAUGUCUUGGUUUUUACAAUUAAAAUGACCAAAAAAUUACCUUGA